GGUAGUCUCAUUUGGGUGCUCCUCAUUCUUUCACUGCUCAGAGUCCCUUUGAUCCAAGGAAAAUGAUGCUUUGGCACUUCUUUGUGAUUGUGAAUGGGGUCAUUCCUUUGUUCUCCUCCUGCAUGUCCACAGCCGAGCUCAUCACGAAGCUCCCCGGUCAGCCGGAUGGCGUUUCUUUCAAGCAGUACUCGGGUUACAUCGCUACGGAUUCUCGACUUGGCCAUGCUCUGUUCUAUUACUUCGUGGAAACCGAUGCUAGCAACCCGCUGUCUUACCCUCUAACCUUGUGGCUCGCCGGCGGCCCCGGCUGCUCUUCUCUUGGGUUCGGUGCAUUCAAGGAGCAUGGCCCGUUUCGACCAGCUCGGGACGGCGGCUUGAUGAAGAAUGAAUUCUCCUGGAAUAAAGCGUCAAACAUGCUGUACGUAGAAUCCCCCAUCUCAGUUGGGUUUUCAUACUCGAAUACGACUGUGGACUACGCCGAUUGGAAAGAUGCAGAUACCGCCAGAGAAAACAUGCAGUUCCUUCUCGGUUGGUUCAAAGAAUAUCCGAAAUAUAGAGACUCCGAUUUCUAUAUAGCGGGGGAGAGCUAUGCUGGCCACUAUGUGCCGCAGUUUGCAGCUCUGGUAGUGGAUCACAACAAGCAUUCCCAUGCGAAUCCGAUCAAGCUUAGGGGGAUAGCACUCGGCAACCCACUUCUGGAUAUUCAUAUUAGUGUAGAUAGCGCCAAUUUUUUGUGGUCUCAUGGCGUCAUUUCGGACGAGACAUUCAAGUUGAAGAAGACGGUGUGCAACGACACGAGGUACUGGACGGAGGUAUUCCAUGACAAACUUUCAAAGGAAUGCGCCAUGGUAUCAGCGAAGCAAGCGGAGGAAAUGGGGAAUUUCACUGAUCCAUUUGAUGUGCUCGGACCUUACUGCUUCUCGGGGACUACUGCGGUGCGAUCGGCUCCAAGAAGUUCGUGGGAUGCGUACCAUGCUAAACUACCUUCAAGGAUGGCGCUAGCCGAUCCGUGCCUCGAGGAUUAUAUAGUCUCGUACCUCAAUAAUCCUCGAGUGCAGGUAGCCCUCCAUGCGAAUAGGACGAAGCUCCCAUCGGUUUGGGAUAUCUGUUCAAGUCCUUUUUCCUUACGCGACACCGGUAUAGGAGACAACAUCAUACCUGUUUUAUCGGCUUUAAUCAAGGAGCAUCUGCGAGUACUCCUCUUCAGCGGGGAUCAAGAUUCGAGAAUACCAUUGACGCAGACAAGAACGAUCGCCAACUUGAUUGCUCGAGACUUGAAAUUCUCAUCCUUUGGUGGAUAUGCGCCUUGGUACGACAGAAUGCAGGUUGGUGGAUGGACUCAGUCAUUUGGUAGGUCAAGAAAAGGGAAGAACGGGACUCGCUUGACAUUCGCCACGGCCCGAGGAGCGGCUCACGAGGUCCCAUACAGUUCACCGUCGCAAGCUCUUACCUUGUUCAAGGCAUUUCUCGAGGGAUCCUCUCCGCCGAAAGUGCCGUUCAAGAACUGAUCCGUUCAUGGCUCUUUCCGACCAAAAUAAAAAAAAAAAAUCCAUUGCUCUUACUAAGAAGAACCAUCACUUGAAUGGAGCUGUCCUUUGUUGUAUCUGGAUGGUUCCACAUUUGAAGGUAGAAUCAAUGUCUUCAUAUCUCAGUUCCAGAUCCUUGGAAAUAAUUAGAUGUGGACUA